ACACGACAUGGAGCGAGUACUGAUGUCCCCGGCGUUCGAAGUGUUUAACAAGCUUCGGCUGGCAGGACAGCUUUGUGACGUGGUCCUCAUCACCGACGGUGUUCAAUUCAACGCCCAUAGAGUAAUUCUGUGUGGCUGUAGCUCCUACUUCCAGGCUCUGUUCGCCAGUGACUGGAAUGAUUCAGGAAAGCGGGAGUACCAACUCCCAGGCAUUUCCCCAGAAACACUGAGGCAGGUCAUAGAGUAUGCCUACACAUACUCUGUGGUCAUCACAGCUGAGAAUGUGGAGAACCUCCUGGCAGCUGCUGAUUAUCUCAGUGUCUUGGGCAUCGUGCAGCGCUGCUGUGAUUUCCUGCAUGAGCAGCUCUGCCUCAACAACUGCAUUGGCCUUCUUAAAAUCGCCGAUGUCUACUGCGUAAACGAGCUGCACCAGUCUGCAUUCAACUUAAUCUUGAAAAACUUCAAGGAGGUUGCCAUCAGCUCAAAUGAGUUCCCAGAACUAAGUCUUGAACAACUUUCUGACAUCAUCGAGCAGGAUGAGCUUAAUGUCAGAGAAGAGGAUGUGGUGUUUGAGGCCAUCCUCCGGUGGAUCGAGCACGAGCCUGCCACCCGAGAGGCCCACAUUUCAGUCCUAUUGGCCAAGAUUCGGAUGGCUCGUAUGGAUCCGGAAUACUUCAUGAAAAUCGUCAAAGCCAACGAUCUAGUGAAGGCCAAUGUGGCGUGCAGGCCAAUCAUCACUAAUGUACUGAAGGUCAUCUAUGAUCUUCAUGAUGAACGUCCACGAUCUGAUUUUGAGAACCCACUGAUCCGCCCGCGCUUGCCCUCUGACAUUUUGCUGGCUGUUGGUGGAUGGAACAUGCGCACGACAAACUGGAUUGAAGCCUAUGACACCCGGGCCGACCGCUGGGUGGAUAUAACACAGGGGCAGGAGACUCGCCAGUCCGGCCAUGGCAGUGUGUGUUUAAAUGGCUUCAUGUAUUGUUUUGGGGGUUAUGAUGGCCAUAAUUUCACCGAUGCUGUGCUCAGAUUUGACCCCGUCGCACGGACAUGGCAGCACAUGGCCCCUAUGCACUGGCGCCGCUGUUGUGUCAGUGUGGCCGUAAGUAACGGCUUCAUCUAUGUGAUGGGUGGCCGUUUAGACGUGUCGCCUCUGAAUAUUGUAGAGCGAUAUGACCCAAAUGCCAAUGAGUGGACCAUCAUCCAGCCCAUGCAUGAGGAGCGACAGGAUGCCAGUGCCACCACCCUGAAUGGAAAGAUAUACAUUUGUGGGGGUAGCAAUGGAGCUCAGACCACUUCCACUGCGGAGUGCUAUGAUCCACUCACGGGCGAAUGGACCUUGAUCGCUCCCAUGCGCACUCGCCGACGUGGCCUUGGAGUAGCGGCAUAUCAGGGAAACAUCUAUGCGGUGAGUGAUUCCUUUCUUGUACUCUGAAACAAAGGAGUCAAAUCUCAAGAUUUAUCUGAGACUCAUUUUUUGUCACUGCUGCUGUGUCACAGAUUGUAAUGCGCUUAAAUCAAACAAAAGAAUUCAGUGGAUGAAAUGACCUGCUGGGAAGGCCCAUCUCAAUACACAUAUGCUCCCUGCAUAUCUGGGUUAUAAACGAAUACGCUUAGUAAAGCUUAGAUUUUUGAUUACAGUUAUAUUCUGUAGUUCCAGACGUAAUUGCUCUGUUUGUUUUUUUUUUCAGUGUCUGACUACAAGUAUUAUUUUUAGUACUAAUAAAAAUAAUAAUAAAAGCAAAAUAUAUGAUCAUAAGAAGUAUUUUUUUGAUGUUUGACAGUUUUCGCUGAAUUGUACAGGUUUUCUGUUGCCCAAAUUCCCUUUUUUUCACUGCAGUUAUGUUGACAUGUAUGUUGAACACAAAUUAGUUAUAAGCUUGUGUCCUAUAUAGACAAUGGGAGGUUCUGUGCAGCCUGCUAUUAUAGGGCGAUAAUUCCUUAAGAGUUCCUGACUUCGAGAAAGCUGAUAUUUACUUAUCUGUUUGGUACCCGAGUGAUCACUUACCAUUGGUGUCUCGCAGGUGGGCGGUACCAACGGGGCUCAUCCAGUGCGGACUAUGGAGGUCUAUGACCCUGCAAUUAACCAGUGGCACGCUGGGCCUCCCAUGAGACAACAAAGAAGCUAUUUCGGCAUCGCAGUGGUGGACGGCUUGCUGUUUG